AUGGCAUCCCAAGAAGAACAAGUUCAGGGCAUGCUCCAACAUGCCGAACAAUGCUCAUCGACUCAUCAGCCCUUGCCAACUUUGGAACAAUUGAGGGCCUCUCUACCACCUGGCGCAAGCGUAGUCAUGGUCGUAACCUGUUGCGACCCGCGCGUCCUUCCUGACCAGUUUCUUGGCGGAUUUGGAAUGAAAGUCAGCGAGGUUAGAAACGCCGGUGGGCGUGCAAGCGAAGCCCUAAGAUCCAUCAUCUGCGUCGACCAUGUGCUUGGCGUUGGCGCAGUCAUUGUCAUCCACCACACCGAUUGCGGACUUACUCACCUCCGGAACGACUUCCUUCACAAGUCCUUGACAGAAAAGGCACCUAAUAAUGCUGCUGAGAUUGCCAAGAUGGACUUUUUAGAGAUUCUCGAUUUGAAAGCAAGUGUCAUUGAAGACAUGAAGAUUCUCAAGGACAGCCCUUAUCUAAAGAAGGACUUGAAGGUCUACGGAUACGUAUAUGACAUCAAGACUGGAGAGCUUCAAGACGUCAAGGAGUAG